AUGCAAAACAUCUCUCAAACUGCACGAAGUUCCCAUGACCCCAUUGGACGUUCACCCAGUGAAAUUGGUUUAGCAGUGACCUUGUCUAUUCUUUUUUGCAUCACCUCCAUCCUCGACAACUUGUUAGUCAUCUAUGUUGUCCAUAAAGACUCCAGACUCAAGAGCUUAACAUAUGUAUUCAUCUUCAACCUGGCAUUGACUGACAUUUCCAUGGCAUCGCUGCACAUGCCCUUUUGGAUAAUAACCUUACGUACAGGGACUUGGAUUUUUAGUGAGAAGUGGUGUGGGCUCUCAGCUGCACUUAUGAUGACGUUAGGGGCUGCUUCUAUCCUGACUAUGGGGCUUAUCGCCUUCAAUCGAUACAUCCGAGUCGCCAAACCAGCUCUGUACAACUACCUUUUCCCGAGCAAGAGAAUGGCAAUAUUUUACUGUGUAAUCGUGUGGAUAGCUUCAAUACUUGCUGCAACACCGCCAUUGUACGGCUGGGGCAAGAUGAUAUACUACCCUUCAUACGCUGUCUGCGGUUUCGAUUGGAAAAUCGAGAAUAUUUCAUAUACCAUAGUUACCGUGGGCGGGGUGAUCAACGGAACCACAGUUUCAAUAUUUUACUGCUACUAUAAGAUAUAUAAAACUCUUAAAGAAAGCACUCAAAAUCUAAAUUCCCAUAGCGUACAAGAUGGAGCGGCCCCCUCAGCACGUCCUGAGACUGAUGUAAGACUCUUGAAAACCUGCUUUACGGUCGUUUGUGUAUUUCUGAUGUCAUGGGGAACAGUGUCUGUUGCUAUGAGUCUUGAGACUGCUGGGUUCGUUAUCCCCAGAGAAAUUUCUGUGUCAGUUAUUUUCAUUAUGAACACAAGUUGUUUGGUAAAUCCAAUUAUAUACGGAAUUAUGAAUCCGCAAUUCAAAGAGGCUUUCAAAAGAGCUUUAAAAUUAGGUUCUUUGAACAACAACCACUAA